AUGGAUGUAAUCCUAAACAAGAUAAUUAAAGGAUAUACGUUCUUGAACGAGGAUUUAGCAGAUCCACGUACCAAAGCUUUGUUUCUGAUCGGCAAUUUAUGGUGUGUCCCGUCUCUGAGUAUAUUUUAUACAUAUUUCGUAAGCGUUCUUGGACCAAAAUUCAUGGAGAAAAGGCAACCUUACAAAUUGGACAUGAUACUGAAGAUAUAUAACGUUUUGCAAAUUAUAUGUAACUUAUACUUAGUUCAUUCGGUAAGUUAUGUUCGCUUUUCAGCCAUCUUACUUUAUGACAUCAGACGCGAGGAAACUCAAGUCCUGAAUUCUUGCAGAUUACUCAACGCAUUUGUCCACUCAGUAAUGUAUACCUACUAUAUGCUAUCGUCCAUGAAAAUAAACAUAUCGUGGAAAAAGCAUAUAACUCAACUGCAGAUGAUUCAGUUCCUCAUAUUAAUAUGGCACUACUCCAAAUUAUUGUGGACGGAUUGCGAUUACCCGUAUUGGAUAACCAUGGUAAUGACAGUGCAAAAUGUCGUCAUGUUUAUAUUAUUUGGGACAUUUUAUUACGAUACCUACGUUAAGGCAGCAAAUGUGCCGGCGUUACCGAAAAUAGAAGCGAACGACGUUCUUGUGGGAAAGCUCGUCUCGAAUGGCAAAUUAAAAGAACAAUAA